GUUUUUCCUGCGACCGAAUGGUGGCAGAACACCGUCUAGUGUCUCACCUUUAUCACUGCCCAGUUGAUCUUACGCGCAUCGAGGGUGAAGCAUGUCUUCAGGCAUUGAACGGAUUUAUUUUCAUCAUGUCCUGCGAUGGAGAAGUGUUCUCCGUGUCGAAAACGGUGGAAUAUUACCUUGGGUUUCACCAGGCUGACAUAUUGCACCAAAGCGUGUUGGAACUGAUUCACUCGGAAGAUCGUGAAGAAUUCAGGAGACAGCUAUCAUGGAGAGCCAACCUUCCACCAGAAUUGCAGUCGUGCACCUUGAAUGAAAUCAUUUCACGAGAUUUGGUACACCAUCUUCAACGGCGAUUUACGGUGCGAUUCCGAUGUCUACUGGACAACACAUCAGGCUUCAUCACCCUGGAGCUCAGCGGACGUCUCCAGUUUUUACACGGGCAAUCUCGUGGUAAACAGUCCGGAAGUUCUCUCUCAGGUACCCAUAUGAUUCACACCGCAGCGGGGGUCCGAGGCAUCAGUAAGCCUUCAUCUUCUGCAUUGGCAGCUGCAGCUUGUCAGUAUAGUCUCCCGCCGCUUGGGCUAUUUGUGGUCUGUAGCCCACUUGGUCCGCUCCCAAGUCUGAACGGAUCUCAAAGGGACAUGACCUUCAAAACAAAACAUCAGCUGGACUUUACUGUAACAACUAUUGAUUCAAGAACAAGAAUGCUCUUCAGUUACACAGACGCCGAUCUGCAACGGUUCAAAGUUUAUGACUUGGUUCAUCCGGAGGACCUGCGGUAUGUGGCUCAAGGGCACAGAGAAGGUGAGGAAGCGUUUGACCUACCCGUAACUGGAUCCGUUGGACUGCUUGUUCAUCGGUGGAUCAGUAAGUCAUGCGAAUGGAUCUGGUUACAAUCGCGCGUCAAGCUGAUGAUGAAGAACGGCAAACAGGACCACAUUAUUGUGAUACACAGACAACUCUCGCAACAAGAGGGCAUGGAGCUCCUGAUACGCCGUAGUGAUGAAUACAAACUUCCAUUUCCACUGCUGGAGCCAGAAACAUUAUUGAGUGAAGAAAACCUAUCAUCCGUUGGCACAGGCAUCACUGACUAUAAUGGGCCGUUUGCUGUCUCGCAUUUAAAGGAUUUUGACACUGGUUUCCUUGGAAGUAUAAUCAACGGUGGUGAGAGAGCUGGUGGAUGUAUGCAUUCGUUACAAAAGACAAACAUAGCUUCUUUGUCGGACAAUGAGGUAUCUCACGGGGCAGGCCCAAAGCGCGCUUUCCAACAGAGUUCAUCGUUUAGUCGUUUUACUGAACUUUUGGCGAUCACUAAAGAUUAUCCCACAUCCUCCCGACCAUCAAUACGCAGUCCGCUUCCCUUUAGCUCUCAGGUAACUAGGCAUUCCGCUCACACAUCCAAACAAACAAGACAGCAGAUGAAAGACGGGAGUCACAAUGGUAGACGAAAAAAGAAUUUAGCAAAAGAAGUGGCGGUUCCAGAAGCCAUUCACCACCCCUAUGGAUAUUCGGGUAUCCCAGGUUCAUUGGCACUAUCACCUGCUCUUCGCCUACCCACAGAUGAAUACUCUGGAAAUUUAUACAAAGAAGCCUACUUGAAACCAGAUGCCUGUCCAUUGGACUCACCUCUAAGGAAUUCAGGUGUUAUGGGUCAGUUUUCCAUACCAAACCAUGGAAUGUCCGCAACACUUUCUGAUUUUAAUUAUUCUGGAUACCAACUGGGUCUAAGAACAUCUGGACAGUAUUCUACAUCACCCUCCAACUCCCUCACACAAUAUGCACACCAUCAACAGUCCUUCGGCCUUCCAGAAACAUUCACUCGAUCAGUACCCCUUGCCAGUCCGUUGGGCCAGGAGCUACGUCGCGAUUUCGGGGUCCAGAAUUUUGCUGACAGCUACACGCACUACUCUGGUUCCUAUGAGGCCUACUCAGCUGCAAUGGCUGCUGCAGCUAUGGUAGCUGCAGCCAGCAGCUAUCACCCACAACACCAAAACCCAAAUAUGCACUUUUCGCAGUUGCCAAGUCAGUUAUCGAUCCAGCCUGAGCCAUCGUUCUAUGCUGACUACAUAGUUCCACGGUUGUACCAAGGAUCCUCGCAGGAAGUUUCCUGCCCAGAAUUACUUGACACACAAGAAGAGAUAGGUUUACAGAGGCACCCGAACAGGGAGCGUUGUUCUCCUACACUCCUCAUGAUGAACCUUCGCAAUGCCAACAACGUUUCAGAAGGAGAAACGCUCAUUGACAGUUACCAAGAUAUCGAACAGAAUGUUGAUAGUUUGAAACAGUUCAGCACUGUUGACCCAACUGGGGUGUUUCAACGACAUGGCGUAAUAGAUGGCGUCCAUAAAGUUGGAUACAGCGGAAAAGUAGGGGAAGUUUGCAGAGAAUAUGGAACAAGUCUUUUAGAGAGUGACAGGCUUUCAAGAACCGAACCGUCUGAGCUAGAUUUAAGAACAUCUAAAGGUCAGUUGGAGGCAGGAUCAGUAUUCCACUUUUCGAAGCAACCGACAGAAAUAUACGCCGCCAGUACGGACUUUCGAAGGGAUACUUCAUUGGCUGCUCCAGAUGCAUACAAAUCCUUCCAGGCACAAAAUACAACAUCUGGUGAAUCACGCACUCAAAAAGAACAAAGAGUGGAACGGUCAGAUAAAUUUGCGCGAAAACUAGAAGAGUAUCAGACAGGAACGUGGAGACAGCAGCCCCAAGUGUCAACAACGGUUGGUUCUUUGGAAGUUGACGAUCCAGGCAUCUCAGUGGGUGAUUUCGAGGAGCAGUCAAGUCUUAAAGAAGGCUUCCAGACUGGGGAUAAUAAAUCCACUUCGUCCUUAUGCUCUUCAUCAUCCAGUCAGUUGCACUCACCUGUCAAUCAGUCACAAGUUGAUGCAACGCAAUCCAAGACGCAAGGCACAAUGAUACACACAUUAAGUGCUAUCACGGCCCAGUCCCCACGGGACAACCACUUUUGGCAAUGCAAGAAACAACAGUCAAAAAGUUGCAUCCGAGAUCAACUGACAUUCAAUGGCACCCAGUUCUUACCGCAAUCUGGGACGCAACAUUUUUCUGAAGCAGAUGCGUUGGCAACCCGCCAACAAUACUCUGCUGGGAAUGAGUUCCGCUCAGGUGCGCUGCUUGGUUGUUGGUCUGUUCACCGAGCCUGGCAGUUGGAUUGCAGACGUUUCAUUACCAAUCGGGGUGGCAUCGUCGGUGCAGGGUUGAGUGGGUUGACCAAAACAGCUUAUUCCUGUCCACAUGCUGAUCACACAUUUCUGGCAGAUCCAAACACCGAUUGUACAUUUCGGCAUGUGCUUCCUAAUUUUAUUCUUGAGUUUCGGAAAAAGUUACAGCAUACCAGAAGUCGCCAAACUGAAGCAGAACAAUUCCAGUCACGACCUAUUACUGAAGAACCUCCGAGAAAUUCUUCUC